UAUAUAUGAAAGAAACGACAUGUUCAUGGAUGUGUAUUGUGGAUCAGUAAAGUUACACAAUGCAUGGGUGUGAGUUAUACGGUGCGUUUACUUUUUGCUAGCUUCCAAGCUCGCCGAACUGACACCUAGCGCAGCCUGAUGUCAUUGUAGCACGCUGGUAAAAGUAUACACAGUAAUGGACGCCGCCAUCUUUGAACAAACUCCAAGCUCAUUGUAAAUUCGCCAAGCAUGCUGAGCGCACUAGGAAUGCUAGCAAUGACGUCACAGGUGCGAAAAGUAAACGCCGUGCUCAUCGGUAGCUAACAAAAAGCAUACAGGCUGAGCAUGCUAGAGGCAAGGUUGGAGCUAAAAGUAAACGCACCCAUAUAUUUGAAAAGAGUAGGAUGCUUGUAGAUAUGAAUUAAUAGAUGCAGAGGAGAGGGAAUGUUAUGUGAUGGUGAACUGCAGUUACAGAAAGGAUAGGAUGCUCUAUGAAAGUGAAUAAUAGGAUGGAACAUGGCUAGGAUGUUUAUAAAGAGGUUAUGAUACUGUUUGGAAGUGGUGAAAGUGCAAUGGUAAAUAUAAAAAUUCUCACUUUAAUCUGCAAAUUUUGUAUUGAAAACAGUCAGUUUCGUCAUGGUAAAGUGCAAAUUAUAUUCUGUCUAUCUGUCGUCCGCUCAUCACUUUAAAACUUUCGACUGGAGGUACAGAAAGUUGUGAAAGUUCCAAAAAUUUCAAAUUACAGCUUUUAAAAGAAACAUUUGUCACUUGUGAGGAGCAGUAUUUAUACAUUUUGUCAGCAGACAAUCAGAUAAACUUGUUACAAGUCAUUAUGUAACUAUAUUUAUAGUUCACAGAAGUGUGUAGUUGCUGCCAACUUGAAUACAGAUGGACAGAAUGCAUUUUAUGUAAAAUCUUUAUACUUAACAUUUAAAAAAAAACUAUUCUGUAACUAAAUUGUUCCAGACGUCUGCAAAAUUUUUAUGUUUCUAUGUCUGUGCAUUGGUUAUUCGAAAGGGGUGGAGUAGAAAAAAAUGAUUUUGAUAAGGAAAGACAGGAAAUUCAUAAUUAAGUUUCCUGUUAAUGGUUUAUUAAGGUGCGUCAUAUAUAUAUAUCAAAGGAAGUGCGGAGAUGAGUGUAAGAAAGGACGCAAAUUUCAGAAACUCUCAAUAAAGUUUAACAUGCUGAUCGCUAGGAUAUUUGGUGUUUUAAUUUCAAAUUUUGCGAUAUUCUUCUGCUUAAAUGCUCAGAGAACAAGAAGACCACUCAUUGGAGUUGUUUUCCCUGAUGAUGUUCCAAGUGGUGAAUCUUGCACGACAAAAGAAAAUCGUCCAGGACAAUGCAUCCCUUUAGGCAAUUGCAGAUCGGCACAAGAGCAAUUUCCUAACAAGUUUCCAAAAAUCUGUUAUUGGGAAACUGACAUUAAACCUAUUGUUUGCUGCGAACUGACAGAUGAUGUCGAUUCUACUCCUCCCAAUGACAAUGUCCAACAGUUUGAGUGUGGUAAAAGAAAUAUCAGAGAAAAAAGACAGAUAUCUCGCAAUCCCUAUAUAGCGGGAGGUGAAUCCGCAAAACCGGGAGCAUGGCCAUGGAUGGCAGCAAUAUUAACACGUAAUUUGGGACAAGAGGGGUUCUUAUGUGGAGGAACCAUUAUUUCUUCAUUUUACAUACUUACAGCUGCACAUUGCUUCGGAGGACGUGGAGGAAAAGUCCCAAACGUGGUUCGUUACAUUAUUCGAGUAGGGAGCACAUUCAGUUUUAAUGGGACAGCAUAUACUAUUGAGGAAAUAAUGAAACAUCCCAGUUAUGGAGACAGGAAGCAUUACAACGAUAUUGCUCUGAUAAAGGUGAACAAUGAAAUCCAAUUUAAUAGAUGGGUACAACCAAUUUGUCUUCCUCCUACCAGUUUAGCAUCGGCAACUUUGAUGGGCAUUCCUGUUACUGUAAUCGGAUGGGGCGAUCAGACUUUUGGAGGAAUAAGGACCCCAGAGUUACGCCAAGUUACAGUUUCGGUAAUGAGUAGAACCCUUUGCAAUAGCUCAUAUUCUCGUUUAAGAGAUUCUAGUAUCGACAGAGGAAUUACAGAUCAGUUUAUCUGUGCUGGGGUGGAAGCAGGCGGUAAAGAUGCUUGUCAGGCCGAUUCGGGUGGACCAUUGAUGAUGGAUAGAAAUGGAUGGACGAUUGUUGGCGUUGUAUCAUUCGGAUAUUCAUGUGCCAAACCUAAUUUUCCUGGUGUAUACACAAAAGUGACUUCGUAUCUAAAUUGGAUUCAUGAAAAUUCUGAUUUAUAAUUUUAAAUAUGUUUUGUUAAGUACAAUUCUUCAGGAAUUUGGUUUUAUUAAUAAAUUAUUUUCAUUGUGAAA